CACCACUAGAUGUCAGUGCGCAGUUAGGCAGUGCGGGAUUUGAGAUUGUUUGGCCACUUUCUGCCUUCCGUACUUGUAGUCCGGAAUUUGCCCUUUGCCCGAGAUUACCACUUGACAUCGCUUAGUUGUCGCUCUGGGCGCUGAUCAUGACCACCAGCGGCUCCAUCCAGAUCCCCCGACGCCUGCCACUGCUGCUCACCCAGGAUGGGGUGUUACUGCCGGGCUCCAGCAUGCGGUGUAGCGUGGACACCCCCGGGAACAUGGAGUUAGUACGAAGCCGCCUGCUCCGAGGAACCUCUCUGAAGAGCACAAUCAUCGGGGUCAUCCCGAACACCAGUGACCCUGCCACUGACAGCGAGGAGCUGCCUGCCAUGCACAGGAUCGGAACGGCCGCCUUGGUCGUGCAGGUCGUUGGCAGUAACUGGCCGAAGCCACACUACACCUUAUUGGUAACAGGUCUGUGCCGAUUUCAGAUAGUGGAGGUUCUGAAAAAACGACCGUAUCCUGUCGCUGAGGUGGAGCAACUGGACCGGCUAGAGGAGCUGAGUAGUAAAACUGAGUUUAAGGAGGCGCUAGGCGAACUUUCUGAUGAGUUUUACAAGUAUGCUGUACAGCUAGUGGACAUGUUGGAUAGCUCUGUGCCUGCAGUUGCUAAACUGAAGCGGUUAUUGAAUAAUCUCCCCAAAGACUUACUUCCGGAUGUCCUCACAUCAAUCAUACGGACCACCAAUGAGGAGAAGCUGCAGAUUCUUGACGCUGUUGGGCUAGAAGAAAGAUUCAAAGUGACCAUCCCGCUCCUGCUGCGACAGAUUGAAGGGUUAAAACUUCUCCACAAAACGCGCAACCCCAAAAUAGAUUCUGACAAAAGGAUUGUUGCGAUCCGUCCUCUGAGGAAGCUUGGAGGAGGAGCAGGUAAACCAUUUUCUCUGGAAAGUGCAGAUGAUGAUGAUGAUGAGGAUUCAGAUGACAUCAUCUCAUUAGAGAAGAAGAUCAAGUCGUGCAACAUGCCGGAGCCAGCAAUGAAGGUGUGCGUAAAGGAGAUGAAGAGGCUAAAGAAAAUGCCACAAUCCAUGCCAGAGUAUGCACUGACCAGGAACUAUCUGGAGCUGAUGUCCGAGCUUCCGUGGAGUAAAACUACUAGAGAUCGCCUGGAUAUCCGUGCAGCCAGAAUCCUGCUGGACAAUGAUCACUAUGCCAUGGCAAAGCUGAAAAAAAGAGUCCUGGAGUAUCUGGCUGUCCGUCAGCUAAAGAACAAUUUGAAAGGCCCCAUCCUGUGCUUUGUGGGGCCUCCAGGAGUUGGAAAAACCAGUGUAGGAAGGUCCAUUGCUAAGACAUUGGGAAGAGAGUUCCACCGGAUUGCCCUGGGAGGAGUGUGUGAUCAGUCUGAUAUCCGUGGACACAGACGCACCUAUGUGGGCAGCAUGCCCGGACGCAUCAUUAAUGGGCUAAAGAUCGUUGGUGUAAACAAUCCAGUUUUUCUCCUGGAUGAGGUUGAUAAGCUUGGGAAGAGCCUACAGGGAGACCCCGCAGCUGCAUUACUAGAGGUUCUUGAUCCGGAGCAGAAUCACAGUUUCACAGACCAUUAUCUGAAUGUGGCCUUUGACCUUUCCCAGGUCCUCUUCAUUGCCACUGCCAACACAACGGCCACUAUUCCAGCUGCCUUGUUAGAUCGAAUGGAAGUUCUUGAGGUUCCAGGAUAUAGCCAGGAAGAAAAGAUAGAGAUUGCACAUAGACACCUUAUUGCUAAACAGCUAGCUCAGCAUGGACUGACUCCUGAGCAGAUCCAGAUCCCUCCAGAAACUACCCUGGAAAUUAUCACCCGAUACACGCGUGAAGCUGGUGUCCGAUCCCUGGAGAGGAGGAUUGGGGCUGUUUGCAGAGCAGUUGCUGUUAAAGUUGCUGAAGGGCAACACAGAGAUGGAAAAUCAGAGCCCUCCGAUAUUACUGAUGUAGAGGACCGCAAGGCAAACCCCUCUGAAGACUCCAGACCUCGAGACAUCAGCAGCUCAGCAGACCUGUCCCUGCCCCCAGAGAUGCCCAUACUGAUCGAUCAUCAUGCACUAAAGGACAUCCUUGGAGCUCCUAUGUAUGAAAUUGAGGUAUUUGAGCGCUUGAACCAGCCAGGUGUAGCGAUAGGAUUGGCCUGGACCCCACUUGGAGGAGAAAUAAUGUUUGUGGAGGCCAGUCGUAUGGAUGGAGAAGGACAGCUUACACUGACUGGGCAGCUGGGAGAUGUCAUGAAAGAGUCUGCACAUUUGGCGAUCAGCUGGCUGCGCAGCAAUGCAAAGAGAUAUCAGCUGACCAAUGCAUCAGGCAGCAUUGAUCUUCUUGAAAACACCGACAUUCAUCUGCAUUUCCCAGCUGGAGCCGUCACCAAGGAUGGACCGUCUGCGGGAGUUGCCAUAGUAACCUGUCUUGCUUCGCUUUUCAGCGGCCGGCUGGUGCGCUCUGAUGUAGCAAUGACUGGAGAGAUCACAUUGAGAGGUCUGGUGCUUCCUGUUGGUGGCAUCAAGGACAAGGUGUUAGCAGCUCACAGGGCCAAGCUGAAGUGUGUGAUCAUCCCCCAGAGGAAUGAAAAAGACUUGGAAGAAAUCCCUCUAAAUGUGAGACGGGAUCUGACUUUCGUCUUUGCAGCGUCGCUGGAGGAUGUCCUGAAUGCAGCAUUUGAUGGAGGAUUUCUGCUUAAGAGGGGACAGGAGCUUCUCAACAGCAAAUUGUAAAAAAAAAAAAAAAUUCUAACUUACAUUACAAGUAGGUUAAAGCACAUGUUAUGUAAUCAGGGGAAUUGAAAAGAUGUCAUCCAUAAGAUGCUCAAGAAAAGUUGAGGGAGCCAAGAGCUUCUACUAUACAGAUUCCAAAACAAAAGGGGUUUAUACUGCGCCUGACAUCCAGCGAGAAUGGACAUUGGGUAGAUUGGCUAAGAGCAGCUAACAGGACUGUACUCCUUAUCAGCAUUUCUCUAUUAUUUUAGGAUUGAUUACUAACAAGAGCCUAUUCUUCCCCUAAAAUUAUAGGGGGGGGGGCAUGCUCUGGGAGAGAGCCGGGACUCCAAAGAGGAGAUUGUGGGGGUAUCAAAAUAUAGCCUUCGCUUUAGGCAAGGACGCAGAAAAAAAUCCUUUUAAGUGCCUCUUUGUUAUGAGCGCAAGCAGUUUCAUCCCUACCACCCUCCUGUCCUAUAUUGUAACUUACUGAUGCAAAUAGAUAAGGGGUUGUUUUUGUGUAAGAGCACUUAUGUAAUUCCAAGAGGUUGACAGUGGACAGCACUUCACACAUGGAGAUGAAAACACCUUAGUGAUCUAACCUAGUCCUGUGAUUAUUAACAUUAUCUAUAAAUGA